AUGGAAAAUCUAGAAUAUUUCUCUAUACCUGGCUAUCGAAAGCAAAUGAAAAUCAUCGGACGGGAUGAAAUAAAUCAGCAGGUCAGUCAUUUUCAAGAAAUUGAAGCAAGGGACACAUCAUUUUUGAACCAACAGUCUGAACAGUUGCCCAAUGGUAGGAUCAGCCAGGAUAAGGUACAUCUUGAAGCAGAUGACAACAAAACCGAUAACAUCCACAUCGACAACGCCAUCAUCUACCAAAACUUGACGACCAGCAUGGUGAGAUUUAUAUUACGCAACCAUGGGAAGCUACCAUAUUUAGACUACAUCCAAGGCAACAACAUCCAAUAUUUGUUCUCCAUGUUUCCAUCAGCAGACCGUUUCAGCCAUCAGUUUUAUAGGAAGGGCAAGAUGUUGGCGCGUGUAUCUUUCUCUUCCUCUGCAUUUCACGACAACAGAAAAUUAGAGGUCCGAUGUUUCUUGCUGACCAGCGAAAACUUGCACGUCGUGGGUUACCCAUCAUACAAUCCAAACUACACGCGUCUCUACAGCCAGUUCUUGGCGUCUGGCACCAUGAAGAAGAACUGUAAUAGGAAGUUGAGCAGCAGCAGUUAUGAUGACGUCAGCAUGAAUUUUAAAAGCACCGAUGGGGAUGGAUACGAAAAUUAUGAGAAAAAAGCCAACAUGAGAAUCCACGGCGCCGAUAAUUUGCCUGUUCGUAAUCUCAACAAAACCAACACCGCUGAUCAACUCAGCAACUCAUCGGGCGACGAUGUUGCUUGCGACGAUGUUGCUUGCGACGAUGUUGCUUGCGACGAUGUUUCACACUACCUGAAUGGCAGUUAUACAAUAAGAAAAGGAAAAAGUGAAGUUACAUACAAAGCAAAGAACCUUUGGUCCAAAGAAAAUAAAUGUAUAUCAUAA